AUUCAGCCGGCGUCUUUGAAGAGAGAAACUCUGCAUAGAUCGUUGGGAGUGAGUUGAGUGUGAAAGAGAGAGACCCUGAGGCGUGGAGACCGGAUUUAGCCAAGACAUGUGCAACGGUGCAGUGUUUGGUUCUCUUCGACGAUGGUGGAAGUUGAUGUUGUGGGUGAUUGUGUUGCGGUUGAUUCUAGCCAUAGUCUGCCGGAGGUAGUCAGGUACGGUUCCAAUCCCUAUAAUCAAUUUAAAACUAAUCUGAGAGUCGGUCUGAUCUUGGAAUGAAUUAUAACCCAUUUUCGUGAAAAUUUUUAUGGAGGUGUCGAUUGCUUUAAAUUCAGCGUGGAGUGGAUCUACUGCGGAGAUCGUAAGAGUAGUGAAUUGACAAAACCGACCAUCGUUGCCUCCCAGAAUGCCCCCCCUCCUGCUGUUGGACCAUGGAAGGACGCAUCUGUGUUAAGGAUUAAGGGGAAAGGUCAGUCAGUUCGCAGUGAAGGUCUCCUAUAACGGCCUAUGGCGUCUCCGGCGGUGAGAGCGUUUCCAACCCAAUCCUCAAAAUACCUUCGCCCCUCGCUCGUGUUGAAACAUGCUGUAGGGCCAGACACGGAGAAACCCAAACAUUCAAGUUCUUAAAUUGCUUGUUGAUGUUUCUGCGAUGUGGUAGAUCCAGAGUUCUCUCACGGAGUAGAAUUUCUAUGGAGUAGAAAUUCAGCUUGAUGUGUAUUGGUGGGAAGAGUCAUGCCCGGAGGCUGCGUUUAUAGGUGAAACUAUGCUAUAUGUGCAAUUACCAUGGUCAGUUAAUUUUCAACCAAUAGAACUUACUUUUGACUAUUCACACCAUGAACCAAUAGAAAAUAAGAUAAACAGUGGCCACCGUUUGUUUUAGCCAAUGGCAUCACCUUAAGAUAUAGAAAUAUCUUAUUGAACAGUGUCACCACAUCUCUAACCAAUAGAAAUACCACUUUUAUUUCACAAAUGAGCUGAUCCGGCCGUCCUUUAUUUCUGUGAACAGUGUUCAAAUCUUUUCUUAACCAAUCAUUUUAAUGACAGCUGUUGCACCAUUUUUUUGACCAAUAGAAAUUGAACAUCUUUAUUUUAACAUGUGCACUAACUCAUCAACUUGGGACCAUGAUAUUUUAAUUUCUCGAGUGAGCAGAAUCCUUUUUUUUGUGAGCAGAAUCCUUAGAGUUUUUUUCCUAAUUAAUGCUAAGAAAAGAAUUAUUUACCAAAUUAAUGUUGAGUUAGAAAUAUUUACGAAAGUACUGCCCAAUUAAACUAUGGUUAAGAGAGUGGAACGAAUUGGAAGUGGAACGUAGGAAUUACGCAGGAGAGAUGGAUUAGUGGGGCCAAGUCAAAAAACAAUUCUCCUUUUCUUUAACCUGUAAUAAAUUUUAUAUUUUUGCUCCAAAGUUUAUAAAAAUAUAUCAAUUUUCAUAACUUUUUAUGAUCUUUCAUAUGACACCAAUAUCAUAUAUAAAAUUUAAAAAGAAAAACUGAAAUAAAUGGACAAACUGUAACAAAGCCCGUUCAAUCAAUCUAAUUCUAAACCAAUAUUUUUUACAAAAAUCUCAAUGAAUGGUUGAUAGAGUUUUUCAGACACAACAUUUUUCAUAAAUAAAUCAAAGUGCUAAAAUUAAGAUACAAUGAUUAUUUUCGCAUUUUAUAAAAGGUUAUUUUUUAAAAAAAUAUUUACAUCUUUGAAUAGUUUUGAAUCACUUGUGGUGACGUAACAUGGUUACAAAUACGUUAAAGAUGACGAGAAUAUUUGGAAGAUGUAAAUGUUUGCAAAAUAUAAUGUUAUAACUACUUUUCAUCACUUCAAAUGAAAUAAAAUAGAUGAAAGAUGUAAACAUAAUUAUGAGAUCUUAAUUUUGCAGUUCAUUCUAUUUAAGAAAAUAUCUGAGUCUAGAAAACUAUUCUAAUUGGGUCUUUUGAUUUUUAUAAACUAAAAAUUUGUUUAGAAUUAAAUUUGUUGACCGGUUGAGUCUAGCUUUCAUGUUAUACGUAGGGAUGACAAUGGGGCGGAUCAAUGACGAUUUUACAUAUCGAGCCCGUUUGGUGAUUCCUUUUUUAGGCUUAUCAGGCUUAUCAACCAAUUUUUUCACCAAACACGUAACUUUUGAUUUCGUGCUUUGAAUUUUGUAAUAAGCAAAAAAACUAAGGUUGAAGUUACUUUUAUGGUUGUAUUGACUGAAGUGAAUGUAGAGGAUCAUUUUAGCUAUUUUCCAUUUAAUUUUUUUUUUAAUUUAUUAAUAAAAAAUAUUUUUUUUCGUGAAUCAGCCAAUACAACCACUUCAGUCAUAACUUCAUAAAUUUCAGCAGAAUCAGCAAAUUCACCCAAUUUUAGUGUUACCAAACGGGCUCAUAAUCGUACCCGCCCUAUUGGGUAAUUCGCCCACCCCGUAGACCGUAACCGCCUCAUUAUCCAACAGAUAAUUUUUACUCAAAUCACAACCGCUCCAAUGGGUAACGAAUAUAACCAUGAGUAAUUACUUUAUUAAAUGAGUCAUUGAUCAUUUAAUACGGAGUAUAAAUGAUCGGAGCGGGUAACACGUAUAACCGCAGCUAUUCGCCGCCUCGUACUCGUUACUCGGUCGAUGCGGUUUUAUCUAUUUUGAUAGGAGCGGUUCGGUGUGGGUGUCUAACGGAUCAGUCACAAUUGUAAUCCCUAGUUAUAUGUCUUCAAAUUUUGUAAACUUUAUAUAUGACAUAUUGGUGUCAUAUGAAAGGUAAUAAAAAAUUAUGAAAUUUGAUGUAGAUUUUAUAAAAUUUGGAAUAAAACACAAAAGUUAUAGCAAUUUAGAGAAAAUGGAGAUUUUUUAACAUGAUCCACACUUUCUCUCUCCUACGUGUGGCAUCCUACCGUCCUACGCAUGACGGUCAUUUCCUUUGGCUCCUGUCCUUUACGUAUUAUAAAGGUAAGCUAACUCUAGUUUAACCCAACAGCAUUUUCGUAUAUACUUUUAACUGAACCAUAAUUUGAUAAAUAAUUGUUUUUCAGCAUUAAUUAGGAAAAAAACUCGAAUCCUUAAUACGUACAACAGUUAGAAGCGCAAUUAUCUUCAAGAGUUCAUUUGAAUGCCUUCCCGAUUGAAGGUUUAGUUGAAAUUUGGUAUGAGUAAACUAGACUUAAUGAAUAAGAUGCUCAAAAAAUUUCAUCAAAAAAUUCCACCGUGAACCACUCCAAAUGGCGACGGCCGGACAAAGCCUCCUAAAUAAGGGUUUAUUUGACCUUUUUUGGUUAGUACAUGGGCCUAUUUGCACUUUUUCCCAUGUAUAUAUAGAUAUAGAUAGAUGUUGUUGUUCCAGUAUAAAUUGCGAUUGGGCAUUGAUAAAUUGUAUUGUUGGGCAUUCACUCUCUCGCAUUGCGCAUAAAAGACUCUAGUAUUUGAAUACAUAUGACCAAUAUUCAACCACUAUGUGCUACCGAGCCGAAAGAGAAAACAAGAAAUUUAUUUAUUUCAUUUGAACGAGUUGUUCAUAGGGAUUGAAGAACAAUGAAUAUGUAUGCAUGUAAGUAAAGCUCUAAAAGAUAUGUGAAACAACAUAUAAAGACGUUAGUUUCCUAAUGUAAUUGUUGAAAUAACAUAUAGAUAAAAAUGUUUGGAAUGUGUAGGUAAUUGUUGUGAAGAUUGGAAAAGGUAUUUUUCCAUAAAUACUUUACUUUUAUAUAACUCUCCCACGGUACCCCGUGUGCUUUAACAUUUUUGUAUUUGAUAUCACCAUCUAAAUGUCUACUACAUGACUUAUUUUUGUUAUUAUAUAUUCUGGAAGUUGUGCAUGAGUAAUCCUAACAAUAACUAUAAUCACACGAGAAAAGAAACUUAAUUAUAUAUUAAAAUACCAAACAAAUCAAGUGUUACAAUUACCUGAUAUCUCAAAAUCCACCACUUAUCUUCUAACAAACCCCAUCCAAUAAACUCAAGAAGCGGCCUACGAUUAGAUCUGAGACGGUCACCUUCAAAAAAGCAACGCGAAUCGCUAACCACCGAGUGAGCAACAUAGAGUUCUUUCUGACAUUCAAGGUCACCGUACUCUUUACCACUUCACUAGCUAGACUCAUAAUAACCAAAAUAUGCCCUCAGUCCCUGACCAAGCAUAUAAAAGUUCACUCAAAAUUAAGUGAACCUUUUCACUGAACAUGCGGGAAGUACGAAGCAAUCAAUAGCUGAAGAGAUCUCAAUACUUCUGAUCAUAGCUAAACUAGACAACUCAAGAUAAACAGUCUAUCGAAAUAAAAACAAAACUCUAAAUAAAACCAAAGCAAACCUGAGUCACUCGUUCUCUCCAUGGCAUCAGCAUGGGAGGAGGUCGGAUCAUCAACACUUCAUCUUCUUCCUCUAAGACCAAGAGAAUGAAGGCCAAAACAGAUUGAUACCACAAGUGUAGCGGCCGCCGUUGCAGGCGCCGUCGCGGUUGCAAGUCUUGCUCCAAGCACAAGGAAGACUGCUAUGGAGAGUUUCUCCUGGUCACUGUUGUACCUUAAGUAUUGAUCGAUAAUCCAAAACCAAGAAACAAGCUUCCCCAUCCCCAUGACAAGGGAAAAGCUGGGCGCACGCUUAUGCAGCGGAAUAACUAAACCCUAUGUAAGCAAGAACUCUAAACAUGAUAAAAAAAAACAUGAUAAAAAGUUAGAAACGGCUAUAUAUUUUUAAUAUUGAAAAACUUGGAAAAUUAUAAAUAUAUUAAUCCAAUACAGAGUAGUAAUAAGAAAUUAUAUUUUCCCAAAUAAAUCUUAACACUAUGUGUUACUGUGUUAGAGACUUAGAGUAGCUCGAUAAGAAAAGAAAAAAAAUGAUUUAUAUACACAAAGUGGUGUAAAGUGUAAAUGAAGUGACAUCUGAACAAAGAAGAGUUUUGUUCAUACCCACCCUUUACACCCACCAAUGUGAGAAGACUAUUUCUUGUGAACAUUUUCAGACAAAACAAGACAUGUUUUGUCCGUGAACGGAAUUCACUGAUAGAAAAAUAGUUUUUUCACAUUGGUGAGUAUAAGAGUGAUCGAGUAUAAGUAACAAAGUUGCCAAACAAAUUAGUGAAAGUAGAAGGAGAAUAUGUAAUACUCCGUACGAAUUAAGGGGGGUGUCCCCAACCUAGAUUUUAAAGGAUUUUGAAGAUUUUUAAUUCCAUAAAUUUUAAUAGAAUUCCACAGUUUGUAAUUAAAUAGGAAUAAAUAUUACAUAUUCACCCCUUAUUUAAUUAAAUAAUAUAAUUAAUUGUUCCUAGUUCCCUUUCAUAACCAAAGCCAUUUUGUUGGUGGCGGGUCAGUUCGAUGACGACAACGGGGAACUUCGGUGAUGGAGGCGGACUGGUCACAGGCAUAUCGGUAGCGACAAUCUAGAUGAAAAUUCUGACGACCAGCAGUGGCAAUCCGCAUUUAAAAGUCUAUGGAUGUUUUGAAUGUCAAUAAACUUAUCCAUGAAUUUAAAAGUCUAUUGACUUUUUUAAAAGUUCAUGAAUUAAAAAACAAAAAAUCUAUAGGUACCCCAAAAUGUACCCCAUUUUGUACCCACCCCUGAAUUGCCUGUGUACACAGACAAUUCGUUUGAAAGAGGGCAUAACUUUCUGUCCAAAUGUCUGUGUACACAGACAGUGUACAGAUUGAGGUACAAAUUGGGGUACCCCAACAGGACUCAUUAAAAAAUGUACACAACGAUCCAUAUUGAAUACAGCCCUUAGGGAGUGUUUGAAACUGCUUUUGCUUAAAAAAAGUACUUUUGAAGAUGUAAGGAAAAAAUGAUUAACAAUAAAAGUUGAUAGUGUUUGAGAAAAAAGUGAUUUUGAAAAGUAAAAGUUGACAGUGUUUGGAAAAAUAAGUGUUUUUUGUGUAAUAGAAAAGGGAAAAACACUUUUCACACGCAAGCCGAGAAAAAGUAAAAAUGGGUAGUAUUUAGUAAAUAAGUGCUUUUUUAAGCCAAAAGGUAAUAUUGGAACUACAUAUAAAUGAAUAGUUGAUUGGAACAUCAACAUAUUUUGAUUGAGUGACACAUGCUUCAAGAUAUGUUAAAUUUGAGAGUUUAAUAUGAAACUAGUCUUUUACUCAUACGUUGCACGGGAUAACAACCUAAUAAAUUACGUACAAAGCUGUCAAGUAGAACAAAGGAUUCUGCAAGUGUGUAUAUAUUUUCCCAUUUGCAAUAAUAUUAUGAAAUACACAUUCUUGAGUUUGAGCAAGUGUCAACCUUUUUAUCAUCUCAACAAAAUCAAAUAAAGAAAAGAUGUGGAGGCAUAUCGUGACUCUCAAUGAAUCUUUUUCUCAAAGUUAUCAACUGAACUUAUCAACGUGACUCUGAAUGAAUCUUUUUCUCAAAGUUAUCAACUGAACUUAUCAACAUGAUUUCUCCUCGUAACUGAUGCAAGCAAAAAAGAAUUUAAGCCUCUUUUGAAAUACAUUUUAAUAGGCAUGAAAUACAAAAAUAACCAACAGAAAACCUAUUGAGUAUACAAACUACCCAAAAACCAAUUGAGUAUACAAAGUAUCCUUUUUCUGGCCUGAAGUUUUAAUAACCCAAUCUAUUACAGGUUACCGAAAUUUCUAGAACACCAUUGUGUGAGUAUGAUAUUAUGUUAGAGUUACAUGAAACUUCUCUAUUCUCUAAUGAUUUCAACUGAUUGGCGAAAAAACUCUAUCUAAUCAUAUAAAGAAAAGAUGUGGAGCCUUAUGAUGACUCGGUAUGAAUCCUUUGUUCAAAAUUAUCAACUAAUCUCAUCAGUACAACUUCUCCUCGGAAUUGGUGCAAUAAAAAAGUCUUCUAGUCUCUUCAAGAAUACAUCUUAAUAGGCAUGAAGUACAGAAGAACCAACAAAAAACCUAUCAAGUAUACAAAGUACCCUCAAGAUCUUAUAUGAAACAAACUACAAAAUACAAAAUUUUGGAUUUGAUUUGCAAUGGAUUUAGUGAAUUUUCUCUUCUGAAUGAACACUCCGCUACAAUUACCGUUUAAAGUCUUAGAGCUUGUUUGGUAACACUGAAAUCGGAUGAAUCGGCUAAUACUGGUGAAUUUUUUUAAAUUAUGGCUAAAGUGGUUGUAUCAACUAAUUCUACUGAUUUAUGAAAAAAAUUAUAUUUAAAAUAAAUUUUAUUAAUAACAUUAAGAACAAAUUAUAUGAAAAGUAGCUAAAAUGGGCAUCUACAACUUCAGCCAAUAGAAUCACAAAAGUAACUUCAACCUUACUUUUUUUUAUUAUUACUCAAUUCGACGCGCGAAAUCAAAAGUUACGUGAUUGGUUGAAAAACAAAGUCACCAAACGGGUUCUUUUCUAAGGAUAGAAGAUAUCAAGGAAAAAGAACUAUACCCAAAAAAAAGAAAUGAGUAUGUAUUAAAGUAUAAAAAAUGCAAUUUCACCUCUUCUAAUCUUAAAAAAUUGCAUUUAGUUAACAAUGUUUAGCGUGUUACAUUAAAAAAAACUGAAAUUGUUAAAAGGAAAAACUCCAUUUUUAACUAAACAUGAAUAUAAACUAAACUAAAUUGUAAAACCAUGUAUAUUCACUCCUCAAGUUAAGCCAAAAGGUAAUAUUGGAACUUUUGUAAAUAAAUGAUUUUUUAAGCCAAAAGGUAAAUAAGUGUUUUUUUAAUUGGUAGAUUGAGUCACAAAAAUGAAACGGAAUUGGACAAAAUUGUCCAAUAGUAAAAAACCCAAAAAGGCGCGCUAAGCGUAAGUUGAGGCGCGCCAAAAAGGUCUUUUCCAUCAGGUCCGAAGACGACCUCCUUCGCUGCCACACAGAGGAGUUUCAGUCAGCUCUCGGAGUCUCACAGUCCCGGUCGAUAGAAUUAGUCGAAGGUCCUUCCUUCAUGGGGAGCUCAUCACUGUAAGUAAGUUUUCGCUCGGAUUCGUUUCCUUACAAAAAGGGGGCGGGGGAUGGAGGAAAGUGAGGGCGAGAGAUGGGAAAGGUGAAUGAACUCUAUUUUUAUAUCACUUCAGAACUUCCCCGAAAGAUGAACUCAAAGCAAACUUCGAUCCGUGUGGUGGGGCAGCGCUCGAUUACUUCAACUUUCCGCUUACACCAUUCUGCUCGGUCAAAUGAUAGAAAAAAAGAUGUCGAAAUUAAAUCUCCCAGUGAAAAGCGUCCAACUAUCUCUCUCUCCGACUUCCUCAACAAAAAAUUGGACAAAGCUUCUGUUUUACCUGGUUCAGUUAAGAGGAAGGACAAGCAGUUUCUGUCUCCAGAGGGAAGCAAUGGCGACACUAAAUUAUGUAAUAAAGAUGAAAAAAAUGGGGAGAAAGGUGUAGGUCAACAUUGUUCUCUUGAUAUUAUGUUUGAAAAGCUUAAGCAAGCUGAUAAAAGAGAAGAACAUGGUGAUACGGAUCGUAGUUGUGAUGAAACAAUGACUUCCUGCUCGGAAGAUAUGGAAAGAUCAAUGAAAAGGAGAAAGGUGUUUGCAGGUAAUGGUCAUAAGCAAUCUGUUGGAAAGGUAGUGGUAGUCUUAGGAGAGGAUUCAAAGAGCAAGCAAAAAAGAAAUGGCAAGAGGCAUGAAAUUCCUGAGAAAUCAACUACCUACUUCAAUCAUUAUGCAAAUGGAGGUGGCUGGUGGGACUCUGAGAAGGAAGGUGUUGACAAUGAAGAAGUUGGAUGCAAUGGGACAUGGGAAGUCUAUCACAUACCUCAUUAGGGUGAUGUGAUUGCCAUUGAUUUACACCUUUUUUUUAUUUAGAAAAACAUAUGAUAUCUGUUGCAACACAAAUUGACUAAACUGGAGUCAUUAUGAGGACAAGAGGGUUGUUGCCUUGUUGUUGUCAAAGUUCUGCUUUCCAUCAAACUUUUUUUUUCUUAAUUCAGUUGCUGUUGUAAAUUGUUAAAUACUUUGACGGGUUGCCAAAUGAUCUAUAUUUGGGGCGUGGUGUAAACUUGAAAAUUUAAUUUUUUGUAACUUUCGGACA